AUGAGAAGCUUGCCUUAUAUAGAUUCCUCUACAAUAUUAAAAAUCAAGCACCUUUCUGAAAUGAGCACAAAUAGCUCUUCAAAUAUUAAUAUAUCGCAGUUAUUAAACAAUGAUGUGAAAAAAUUUUCAACAACUAAUGCAAAUAAUAAUUUAAAAAAUAUGAAUAAUUUAAGUGUAAAUCUCAGUAAAAAAAAAAAUAAUAACACUAGUAGUAUUGGGAAUAUUAAUAAUAUUAGUAGUUGUAGUAAUAAUAAUAACAAUAAUUUAUCAAACGCUUUAGGUAAUUUACUAAAUAAUGGAUGUAAUAAUAAUAAUAUAAAUAAUGAUAAUUUAUUAUUAUAUAUCAAUGAUAUUUUACCAAAUUGCGCAAAUGUAGAGCAAUCCUUACAUAAGGUUAAUAACAUGUCUUCUUUAAAUAGAAACGAUAACAUUUUCAAAAAUAAAAAUGUGAAUGAAAACUUAAGUAAUAAUUUAAAUUUAAAUAACUUUUCAUCAGUUAAUAAUAUAAAUAAUCAAUUGAAUAUGAAUAUUCUAAAUAAUGAUAAGUCGAAUAAUACUAGCAGCAUAAAUAAUUUAUAUUUAAAUAGAUCAUUUUUAACUGCAAAUGAAAAUAAUCAACUUAACAAAAAUACAAAUGUAGCUGGAAACAAUUCAUAUAUUAAUAGAGAGAUGAAUUAUAGAAAUAGCUCAUGCUUAAAUGAAAAUACAGCAAACUCAAAUAUAGCAAGUUAUAUAGAUAAUGCAAUUAAGAUAAAUACUAACGAAAAUGUGAAAUAUGCAAAUAAUGAGAACGAUAAUAAUUCUAUUAAGGAAAAGGAACAGUUAUAUGGUAUAAUUGACAGUUUCUAUGAUCAAACUCAAAAAGGUUUACCUUCUCAUUUAAAUUUAAAUAAUAUAAGUGGGUUUGGUUUAGGACAAAUAGAAUGUUUGAUUGAUAAUACAGAUUUUACAAAAAAUAUAGUUGUUCCUUCAUCCUUUAUAGUAGGAGAAGUAUUUAGUAUUUUUAACACUUUAUGUUUAUUUAAUAUUGAUGAAAAGACAAAAAUUUUAAAAGAUGUAAUGCAGCCAGAAUAUUAUAAUUGGCUUGCAUUUUACAUAGUAAAAUCAAGAGCAUCAAAAGAAGUAAACUUACAUAAUGUAUUCUUAGAGUUUAUUGAUAAAUUAAGUUACCCAUUGUUUAUAGAUACUAUAAUAAAUAUGACAUAUGAUUGCAUACUUAUAUUAUUUAAAUAUAUCAACGAAUUAAAAGAAGUUAGCGCUUUUAGAACGGUUUUGAAAAAUUUAGGUUCAUGGUUAGGAUUUAUAACAUUAGGAAGAAAUAGACCCCUAAAAUCAAAAAUAUUGGAUUUAAAAUUAGUAUUAUUUGAAGCAUAUGAAAAAGGUUGUUUAGUUUGUAUAUUGCCUAUGGUGUGUAAAAUUUUAGAAUCAGUAAAACUUUCUAAAAAUUUUAAACCACCUAAUCCAUGGACAACAGCUAUCUUAUGUUUGUUAACCGAAAUACACGAAUUGCCAAAUGUUAAAACGUAUAUAAUUUUUGAAGUAGAAGUAUUAUUUAAAAAUUUAUCAUUAGAUAUACAAGAUUAUCAAAAUAAAACUUCAUUACUAAGUAAAAGAGUAUCAUAUAAUAAAAAAUGUGAUUUUGUUGUAUCAAGAAACAAUAACAUUUCAUCAGCAAAUGUUGAUAUGAAGAACGUCUCUUUAAAAGAUAAUAUAACAAAUAUUAAUACUUCACAAAGAGAAGAAAAUAAUUUGAAUGAAAAUCUAAAAUUAGAAGAAUUAGAAAAUUCAGCAAAAAAUAUAUUAACAAAUAAUAGAAUAAGUACAGAUAAAAUUCAACAGAUGAAUCAAAACAACCAACGAAAUAUAAAUUUAAAAAAUAUAGUAUCUCAAUGGAAUCAAAAUAAUACCAAUAGAAUCGAUCCUCUUAUGAAUGAUACAACUCUAGUUUCUUCUUUUUCACCACCAGAUUUAAAUUUAAUUAAUUCUCAUUUUUCAAAAAAAUCAAUGAACAAUUUAAAUAAGAAGCCAAAUAUAAUGAAUGAUUUAAAUACUAACAAUUUGAAUUAUAAUAAUAAUAUGAAUGUUUCUGGUGUUUCUGGUGAUAGUAUUUCUAAUAAUAAAAUGAAUAAUAGUAAAUUUUUGCAAAGUUUAAAUAAUGCAGUAAUAAUAUCUCCUUCAAUAGCUUUAUUUCAAAUUCAACCAAGUCUAAAGAAAGUAGUUCCUAUAGCAGUUGAUAGAGCAAUUAGGGAAAUAAUUUCUGCUAUACUAGAGAGAUCAGUAGCAAUAUCUUGUGUUACCACUAGAGAAAUUAUAUUUAAGGAUUUCUGCUUAGAAAAAGAUGAAAAUUUAAUUCGUAAAGCGUCUCAUAUCAUGAUUGCUUCUUUAGCUGGUUCUUUAGCUUUAGCUACUUGCAAAGAACCUUUGCGAAUUUCUUUGACUCAGCACUUAAGGCAAUUGCUACAACCAACUAGUACAAAAGAUUGCAAUGAUCAAGUUUUAAUUGAACAAGUAGUUCAAAUUUUAAGUGCAGACAAUUUAGAAUUAGGAUGCAAUUUGAUUGAACAGGCAGUUAUUGAAAAAGCUAUAAAGGAUAUAAAUGAAGCAUUAGCACCCUCCUUUUUAGCGAGGCAAGUAGCAAAUGAAAAUAGCAUAGCAUUUAAUGAUUCUUCUUAUGCUGUAAACACAAAAAAGAUACAGUUGGAAUUUGCUGACAUUUUAAAAUUAGGUUCACCAAUAACAAAUCACCAAUUGCAAAUAUAUAAGGAUUUUUUAAAUAUAGCUCCAUUAAAAAAGUUGCAUGCUGCUGCUAAAGCUUUAUCUCUUAUUUAUAAAAAUGUUAAUGAAAAUAAUACAGAGAAUCAAAAUCAAAAUAGUCAAGUUAAUGUCUCAUUUUCAAAUGAAAAUUUACAAAAUAAUCAGGAAAAGAUUGUAUAUGCAAAAAAUAUGUCUCAAACACGUUUAAAUGAACAACAAAACCAUAUUUCAAAAAAUGAUUUUAAAAUAAAUAAUACGGUGAACAAUAUAGAUUAUAACUUGAAUAAUAAUAUAAAAAAUCAACAAAAUUUUCCUUCAAAAACAAAUGUAAAUGAAAAUAAUACUCAAUCAAAUAUACCUAUUACAAUUCCUUUAGGAGCCAAUGUUCAAUUUCAUAAAGUUCUGAAAAAAUUGGAGCUUGCAACUGGCCAAUUAAAAGAAGCUAUUAAAGAUAUCAUUAUGUUACCCCCAAUAUUAUUUAAUAUAAAUAGAGAAAAAAGUUAUUGCAAUAUUAAUAAAUUAAGUCUUUAUAUUUUAUAUAGUUUAUCAGUGGAUGGAAAUAUAUUUAAUCUAAUUAAAUCUAUACCAGAAAUAGCUGCUUUAACACAACAUAAAAAUGAAACUAUUAUUUCAUAUUCAAACAAAAUAUAUAAAUUUCUUUUUGAAAUUACUCCAUAUAAUGAUAAAACGCAACUAGGUUGUAGAUUAAACGACCCUGUAGGCAUUUAUUUGGAGGUGUUUUUAUGUAUACUGGAAAAACUAAAAAAAAAAUGUCCUUUAUUAAAAAAACAUAUAUCAAAUUUGAUAACGCCGAAUAAUAGUAAUGUAUCAAAUAAAAAUAAUACAGAAAAUAAUAAUGUAUCCUUUUUAAAUAUGAAUGAUUCUCCCAAAGAAAAUGAAGUAGUAGAUGAUGAAUCAAAAGAUAACACAAAAGUCGAAGUAAAAAAUUCCUCUUGUUUGAAUAAUAAUUUAGAUGCAUGUAAUGAAAACAAAAGUGAAGAGAAUAAAAAAAAUAAUGAAGACUUAUAUAAAUACAAUGUAAAUGUUAUAUCUGGUCUAAUUAGGUAUAAUCUAGUUGAUAUAGAAAAAUAUAAACAUUAUCUAGAAAAGGAACUCGAUAAUGGAAGAUGUGUUAAUUGUGUAGAGUUCGUUGUUUUAUUAUUAAAAAGCAUUUUAUUAGAUUUCCAAAUUUUUAGAUAUAACGAUUUUGAAAAUAUUUUUUCUAUUUUAAACACUAUUAAAGAAAAAAAUAUUCUCCCAAAUAAAAUUAUUUAUACAAGCAAUUGGAUACCAAUGAAUAUCAAUUCAGCUAUUGAAAAAUUAAUAGAAGAAUCAAAAAAAAUUCAGGAAAAAGAAGAUACUAUAUUUUUCUCUGAUUUAUUAGAAUUUUGUGAUGAAUAUAUGAAGAGUGAUGAUGAAUUUGACAUAGAAAAUGAAGAAGCUGAAAAAAAAGAAAAAUUAGGAAAAGAAAAAGAGAAUAGAGAUGAAAACAAAGAAGAUAUAAAAAAGGAUGAAGAGAUAAAAGAGAAGGAGGAAAAGGAAAAUGAAAAAAAAAUACAGAAUCAUGAAAAAGAGAAAAUUAAACAAGAUAUCCAAUUAGAUAAAAUUAUAGAAAAUGGAGAUGAAGAAAAAGAUAAAGUAGAUAUAAAUGAGAAAGAAAAAAAAAAUUGUAGUGAAAUGAAAAAUGAGUUAAUAAAUAAUCAAAAAAGACAUGAAACAGAAAAUAGUGAACCUUUAAAUGAAAUUUCCUUAAAUUUAAAAAGAGAGCAUGAUUUAAAUGUUGAUAAUUUAACAGAUACAAAUAAAAAACAAAAUGAAAAAAACAUUGAAAAAAAUAAUAGUAAUAAUAUAGGACUAUUAAACGAAAAAGGAAAAAAAGAAAAUAAUAUAAGUGAAGAUAUGCAAAUGAGCUAUAAAAAUGAACAAAAUAAGCAUACCGGUACGAGUGCCUGCAUAAAUGAUUUAAAUAAUGAUAUAAAUAACUCAAAGAAAAAGGAAAUAAAAUAUGAGAAUAACAAAAAAAAAGAUUAUAAAAAAUAUUUAAAAAUUUUAAUGGAUCCUAAAAAUUUAACCACAUUAACACAAAUAAUUGAUUUUUGUUUAAAUACAGAUUGGAAUAUACUGCAAAAAAAAAAAAAUAAAAAAUAUUUUAAAGAUAAAGGAGUAGGAGGAGUAAGAAUAGUACCCAAACCACAAAAAUUCUCAAAAGAGUAUGAACAAAUUAUUAGUAUAGUAUUUUUUCAGUGGAUUAAACUAAGUAAUUUAAGAAAUACAGAUAAUCCAAAUCAAAAUUAUGUUCAAUUUUUUCAAAAGAUAUCGAACCAAGGGUUGUUAAGAAUAGAUAACAACACUGAUAAAUUUUUUACUGUGUGUAUUUAUAAGGCAGUAGAGAGAGCAUGUAACAUUUUAAACCCAUAUGCACAGAGAAAUGAAAAAGAAAAUAUCACAAAUUCUUUAGAUGAACUUUUAUCAAACAAAAUUAAUUCAAAUUUUGUAAUCCAAGUGAAUGAAAAUGAUAUUAAUGAUAAUGUAUCAAAACAAAAAAGAAAUGCAAAUAGUCCUACUAAUGAUACUGAUUAUAAAGAUGUUAUAGAAGUAAAAGAAAAAAAUAAAAGUAUAGUAAACGGAAUAAAUAAAGAAAAUGUAAAUUAUACUGAAAAUGAAAAUGAAGAAUCAUAUAAAAGAGAAGAUAAACAUGCGAUAAAAGAAAGUAUGAAAGAUUUCACUGAAAAUUUAAAUGAUAAAAAAAAAGAAGAAAUAAUUGAACAUAAUGAAAAUGAUAAUAACGUGGAAAAAGAAAGAGAACAAAAAAUACCUAUAUGCCAAGAAGUACAUAAUAAUGAUCAUAUGUAUAAUAUGAAUGAAAAAUUUUUAAAAAAUGAAAAAACUUUUACAAAUAUCGAAUAUUCAAGAGAUUCUGAUGAUAAUUAUUCCGAUGUAUCAUCUACAAACUUAACUUUUUAUUCAAAUAUAUCUAAUUAUGAUAAAUCUUCUUCAGAAGAUGAAAAAAGUCACAUUUAUUCCAUUGAAAAUGAUAAUAAUGCAAAACAUAUGAAACAAAGGAAAGAUGAAAUUCUAAAAAAAUUGUCAUCAGACAUAAAUGAAUCUAUAGGAAUUGAUGUAUCAGAAUCUGAUGAAGAAUUGGAUAAAAAGGAAACAAAGUUGAAACAGAAAAAAUAUUUAAAAAAAGAUGAAAAAAUUAAAAUUGAUCAUAAAAAGGGUAACAAACAGAGAAUAAAAAACAAAAAAGAAAAUAUUAUAUUUUUAGGAAAGAGUGAAAAAGAAGGGGAAGAAGUAGAAGAAGAGGAAGAUGAAGUAGAGGAGGAAGAUGAAGUAGAGGAAGAAGAUGAAGAAGAGGAAGAAGAGGAAGAGGAAGAGGAAGAAGAAGAAGAAGAAGAAGAAGAAGAAGAAGAAGAAGAAGAAGAAGAAGAAGAAGAAGAAGAAGAAGAGGAAGAGGAAGAAGAAGAAGAAGAGGAAGAGGAAGAGGAAGAGGAAGAGGAAGAAGAGGAAGAAGAAGAAGAGGAAGAAGAAGAGGAAGAAGAUGAAGAAGAAGAAUUGGAAGAAGAGGAAGAAGAAGAAGAAGAAGAAGAAGAAGAGGAAAAAGAGGAAGAAAAAAAAAUAGAAGUGAAAGGGAAAAAUAUUACGAAAAAUAAUAGACAAAAAAAAAAUAUAUACUUAAAUUUAGAAGAAAAUGCUCUUUUAACUGACACAUUAGAUACUUCAUCAGUUGAUGCAUUAGCGAAAAUGAUCAUAUGCAUGAUGAAAUUAGUUGAUUCACAACAAAUAUCUCCCUUUAUUUUGUUUCAAAAGGCUAUGAAUGUAUUAUGCAGAAUUGUUGUAUAUGAAUCGAGAAAAAACAAAAGAAAUUUUAAUCAAAGGCCAUAUUUUAGGUUAUUUUUAUCUCUUUUAAUUGAAAUAAGUAAAAACGAAAAAGGUUCUGAGAAUUCAUAUAAUAAAUGUAUAUUAGCAUUGGGCUAUUAUUUGAGUAUUUUGAAUCCUUUGCGUGUCCCUAUGUUUGUUUUUGCAUGGUUGGAAUUAAUUAGUCAUAAAUUAUUUUUACCUAAAAUUCUAAAAACUUCGAAAGGGUGGUGUAUAUAUAAUAAAUUACUAAUUUAUUUGCUAGAGUUUUUAUAUAUAUUUUUGAAGAAUGCAUAUUUAACACCAUGCAUUAAAAUAUUAUAUAGAGGAAUUUUAAGAACUCUAUUAAUAUUAUUACAUGAUUUUCCAGAAUUUCUCUGUGUAUACAAUUUUUCCUUUUGUAAUUCUAUACCACUAAAUUGUGUACAACUAAGAAAUCUAAUUUUAUCAGCUUUUCCAAGAAAUCUUAAAUUACCUCAUCCAUUUUAUCCUAAUUUGAAGGUGGAUUUAUUACCUGAAAUGAAAGUCGUUCCAGUUAUUUUAAAUAAUUUUACAUUUAUAUUAAUUGAUUAUAAAAUUAAAAAGGAUGUAGAUAAUUAUUUUGUAACAAGAAACAUAAAUUGUUUAAAAAAAAUACAUAAAAAAUUAAUGAUAAAAAACAAAUUGAAAGCAUUAUAUUUAAAAACUAAAUAUAAUAUAGCAUUAAUUAAUGCAUUAGUGUUAUAUAUAGGAAUGUCAUUACCAUCUCAAAUAUUAAUGAUUGAUAAAGCAUCAGAAACACAUCCUGCAUUAGAAAUUAUUCUUUAUUUAACAUAUAAAUUAGAUAUGGAGGGUAGAUAUUACUUAUUAUCAUCAAUAACUAACCAUUUAAGAUAUCCAAAUGCUCAUACCCAUUAUUUCUCAUGUCUUUUGUUGUGGAUAUUUAAUAUAUCAAAAAUAGAAAUUAUUAAUGAGCAAAUUACAGGAAUAUUAUUAGAAAGGCUAAUUGUACAUAGACCUCAUCCAUGGGGUUUGCUAAUAACAUUUAUUGAACUUAUAAAAAAUCCAAUUUUUAAAUUUUGGCAAUGUUCUUUUGUUCACGUUGCCCCUGAAAUAGAAAAUUUAUUUCAAUCAAUUGCUCAUUCCUGUUUAGUGAAUCAAAUGGAGCAUUUAAACAAUAAACAAAUGAAUAAUAAUAAUGCUAAUAAUACAAAUGUUAAUAUAAAUGUUAGUAAUAUUAACAGUAUGAACAAUUUAAAUGUUAAAAAUAAAAAUGUUAGUAAUGAUAGAAAUAGUGAUAUAAAAAAUAUUAUCAAUAUGGAUGAUGUUAAUUCAAUUAAAAAUCCGAAUAUAAAUUACAAUAACAUUAAUAAUGCAAAUAUGUACAACUUAAAAAAUUUCAAUAUUAAUAAUGUUAAUUUUAAUAAUACUGGAAGUUUCAGUAACAGCGAUAUUAUUAGAAAAGCCAUGGAUAAAAAUUUAAAUAAAUAUAUUGUAAAAAAUAACAUUUUAGGAAAUAAUGCAUCAUUAAAUAUAAAUAAUAUUCCGAAGAAUUACAAUAAUUAUAAUGAUAACAUUGUUAGUACUGAAAAUUCUAAUUUUAAUAAAAAUAUUUUUAGUAAUUAUAUUAUGUCUAAUUCAGUUGACAAUAGUGAAAAUGAUAAAUACUUUAAUACUCAAUUUCGUGAUAAUAAAAAUUUAGAUAUUGAUGUGGAGAACAAAUACGGUGAAAUAAAAAUGGAUAUAAAAAAUGCUAAUUUUACUUCUAACGAAAACAGCAAAAAUAUUAGUGCCAAUAAAAAUAUAAAUAGUAAUAAUAAAAAUAUUAAUAAUUUAAUUAAUGUAAGUAAUUUUUAUAAUUUAAAAAAUAUUACUAAUAAUUCUAAUAUAAUGGAUAAAAAUUUCGAUUGA